ACCUGAUUCUUGAGAUGCCAGCAACGAGCUAAGCAGAUUCCUGGAAUGAGAAUGCUGCUCCAAAUUGGGGUAAAUGUUUAACUGGGAUUUGUGAAUGCUGUGGCUUUCGAACUGGUUUAUUCUUAACCCAGUCUCCGCUUUCUUUAUGGUCACUUUCAUGAUUGCGGGCAUGAAGGAGUGAAGGAAGCACAGGCACUCUGAUGAUUUUUAUUUGCACUACCUGUCGAAUAUUUAAGGUUAUAAAUGAAAAGAGAGGGACAGAUCAACAGAUGAAUGACAUAAUUCAACGUAUCUCCUAAACUUAUUACAAAAUACCAACUCGAAGCAUGGCGGAGCACACCGAUAAACUUAUCAGCAUGGAAGCAAAUAAACUCAAACACUCACAGAGUUACCAGGAAACUACAUCAGUGGGGAUUAAAAGAAUGCAAAAGCGAUUCCUUCAGAAAGAUGGAAGUUGCAAUGUUUACUUCAAACAUAUUUUCGGGGAGUGGGAAAGCUACGUGACUGAUAUUUUCACCACCCUAGUAGAUAUCAAGUGGCGCCAUAUGUUUGUGAUCUUUUCCUUAUCUUACAUUCUAUCCUGGUUAUUGUUUGGCUUAGUUUUUUGGCUCAUUGCACUCCAGCAUGGAGACUUAUUGCCAGAAGAAGAAGUCACCCCCUGUGUAGACAAUGUCAAUAGUUUCACAGGGGCGUUCUUAUUCUCUUUGGAAACCCAAACCACCAUAGGCUAUGGAUUUCGCUGUGUGACCAAUGAGUGUUCUGCAGCAAUCCUGACAGUUGUUCUACAAUCUGUGUUAGGCUGCAUCAUUGACACGUUCAUUAUUGGAGCUGCCUUAGCAAAAAUGGCCACUGCCCGAAAGCGAGCUCAGACUAUCCGCUUUAGCUACUAUGCAACAGUUGGCUUACGAGAUGGUAAACUCUGUCUGAUGUGGCGGAUAGGUGAUUUUCGACCUAAUCAUAUGGUAGAGGGUACCGUAAGAGCUCAGCUCUUGAGGUAUGUGGAAGACAGGGUGAACAGGAUGAUAUUGGAGUACAAAGACUUAAAAUUGCUAAAUGAUCAGAUCAUUCUUGCUACCCCAGUGACCAUUGUCCAUGAAAUUAACCAGGAUAGUCCACUGUAUGAUCUUGACAGGAAAACUCUGGCUAAGGACAAUUUUGAGAUCCUGGUUACGUUUGUUUACACUGGAGAUUCAACAGGAACAUCACAUCAGUCAAGGAGUUCCUAUGUGCCUAGAGAAAUCCUUUGGGGACACAGAUUCAAUGAUGUGCUGCAGCUGAAGAAAAAAUACUACAAAGUAAACUGCCUGCAAUUUGAAGAAACCACUGAGGUUUACGCUCCUUAUUGUAGCGCCAAGCAUUUGGAUAAAAAGGAACAAGAAUACACAAGUUGUGAUAAGACAACAAAUGGAGAACCAGAAAUCUCCUCCUCCUCCUCCUCCUCCUCCUCCUCCUCUUCCUGCUCCUCGGGAAUCAGAAUCAGAUCAUUUAGUGCUGAUGCUUUAAUUAUUCAUUCUGAAGUUUCUGGAGAGUCAAUCAAAAUUUCCAGUCCAGUAAAUACAAUGGAGCUGCCAUAUGACAGAGCUCUGGCAACAUUAAGCAGAAUUUCAAUGGAAUCCCAGAUUUAGCAAUCAAUGACUUUUGCAGAACUAUAUAACUAACUAUAAUAGCUAUCACGUUCACUUAAAUACUAGUGGUCCUGAUCCUCAAAUGAAAGAAGAGAUUUACUGACAAAAUGUUAAGAUUGCAUUCUGACAUUCCUUUUAAUAUAUAACUAGCUGUUAACAGUUAUCUUUUUCACAAAUUAUUACAUUCUGCAUAGUGACACUGAAAGUUGUUUAUUGAAAAUUCAAACUUAUCACUGAAUUCACAAAGAGAUAAUUAUUUGAAAAAAAUUAUCACAUAUUAUUCUACAAUUUAGAUAUCUUUUGGAAUUGAUCUAAGUUUAUAUAAUUUUGGAGAUUGACAAGAUGGUUAUUUGUAUCUUGUAGCAAAAUUAAUCCUAACCUUUGUUUCUUUGUAAAUUGUUAGACUUUCUUCAAUGUAUACAUUUUCUUUUCUUGUUUAAAAUUACAGAUUAAAAAAAUGACUUUUUUGGAAAUGAAAAUACUAAGGAUACGUGUAAACCAUGAGGAGAAAAUACUGAUUUCACAGAAAAAUGAAAAACAAGUAAUUAAUUUUGCCAAAAGCACCUUAUAUAUUGCACUUUACAUUAAUAACUUAACUGUUACUGAUCUGAUAUGGGGAUAUAAGAUCAAAUGUAAUCAAGUCUACAUUUGUAGUAUUUUCAAACAGCAGUUUUUAAGUCAUUCAAUAUUUCUGUAGAAAAUAUUAAAAAUUGGUUCUGCCUAUCUGAAUUUUAUAUGGUACAUUAAUGCUAAACAUGAUUUUUAAAAUUAAUAUAUAAAUAUUUUUUCCUCAGUAGUUGAGACCAUCUAUUAUUUUACUUUUCAUUUUCAAGUACUUAACUAGAUCAGGCAUUUUGUUUUCUUUUUCUAUUUUGCAACCUCAGCAAAUGAUCUAUAAACCAGACCAACCAGUUCCUUUAAGUAUAGGUUGAUGGCUCUUAAUUUCCAUUACAACUAUCCUUAAACUUGCUCUUGAAAACCUGGCUUGUGACAAGACCCCAUUGGCUAAUCAGUUUGCUGAAGAACUAAAACAUACUUACUGAGCUACAACUGUGUAUUUUUCAAUUAGUAGGUCACAGAUUUUUCUGGGCAAACAUCAGAUGUGGUGUUGGAGACACAUGAGAAUAAUUGUUUAUGACUACCUUUCCCUUAAAAGUGUUUAAAUGUGAGUGGAAAACUGAAAAUGUGGGCCACUGAUAUCCUUUGCAGUAGUUACGGAUUUUGUUCUUUUUUAACUGAAAGUAGCAACUAUUGUAAAAUGAGAAAAAAAAUCAGCACUAAUUUAUUCUUAGAAGAUCAGUUUCACUGAACCUAUUGAUGCAAUAGAGCUUUUGAAUAAAAUAGACAUAUUAAGGGUUGGUUGUACCUAUUUUAUUACCUCUUAGUUACAAAAAAAAAAAAAAACAAAAGAAAAA